AUGGUGGCCGGGGUGCUGACGACGAGUGAGAUGCUGUUGAAGACGGUGGCGGAGGUCAUGCCGGAUAUUAUGACGCCGCAGGGGGUGCUGCUGCUGCAAGAGGAGGAUGACGCGCUGCGAGCGGACGGAGCCGAGCCGCGGCUGGUGGACGACACGCACGCGCGUCUGCUGGAGACCGUACAGCGGCUGGAUGAGGAGCUAAAGGCAGCCAAGCAAGAGAACCAGCACAUGACUGUUACAACCAGUACUGACAUGUCAGAGGUUGUACAGCGGUUGGAGGAGGAGCUAAAGACAGCCAAAGAAGGGAACCAGCGCUUGGCUAUCUCAGCCACCCCUGAUAUGUCAGAGGCUGUACAGCAGCCGGAGGAGGGGCUAAAGGCAGCCCAAGAAGAGAACCAGCGCCUGGCUGUCUCAGCCACCCCUGAUAUGUCAGAGGCUGUACAGCGGCUGGAGGAGGAGCUGAAGGCAGCCAAAGACGAGAACCAGCGCCUGGCUGUCUCCGUCAUCCCUGAUAUGUCAGAGGCUGUACAGCGGCUGGAGGAGGAGCUGAAGGCAGCCAAAGAAGAGAACCAGCGCCUGGCUGUCUCCGUCACCCCUGAUAUGUCAGAGGCUGUACAGCGGCUGGAGGAGGAGCUGAAGGCAGCCAAAGAAGAGAACCAGCGCUUGGCUGUCCCAGCCAUUUCUGAUAUGUCAGAGACUGUGCAGCAGCUGGAGGAGGAGCUGAAGGCAGCCAAAGAAGAGAACCAGCACUUGGCUGUCCCAGGCAUUCCUGAUAUGUCAGAGACUGUGCAUCGGCUGGAGGAGGAGCUGAAGGCAGCCAAGGAAGAGAACCAGCGCCUGGCUGUCUCCGUCACCCCUGAUAUGUCAGAGGCUGUACAGCGGCUGGAGGAGGAGCUGAAGGCAGCCAAAGAAGAGAACCAGCGCUUGGCUGUCCCAGCCAUUCCUGAUAUGUCAGAGACUGUGCAGUGGCUGGAGGAGGAGCUGAAGGCAGCCAAAGAAGAGAACCAGCGCCUGGCUGUCUCAGCCACCCCUGAUAUGUCAGAGGCUGUACAGCGGCUGGAGGAGGAGCUGAAGGCAGCCAAGGAAGAGAACCAGCGCCUGGCUGUUUCAGUCACCCCUGAUAUGCCAGAGGCUAUACAGCGACUGGAGGAGCUGAAGGCAUCUAAAGAAGAGAACCAGCGCUUGGCUGUCUCAGCCAUUCCUGUUAUGGCAGAGACUGUGCAGAGGCUGGAGGAGGAGCUGAAGGCAGCCCAAGAAGAGAUCCAGCGCCUGGCUGUCUUAGCCACCCCUGAUAUGUCAGAGACUGUGCAGCGGCUGGAGGAGGAGCUAAAGGCAGCCAAAGAAGAGAACCAGCGCCUGGAUGUUGCAGCCAUCCCUGAGAUGGCAUAUGUACAGCAGCUGGAGGAGAAGCUAAAGGCAGCCCAAGAAGCGAACCAGCACCUGGCUGUCACAAGCAUUCCUGAUGUGCCAGAGACUGUACAGCAGCUGGAGCACGAGCUUAAGGCAGCCAAAGAAGAGAUCCAGCGCUUGGCUGUCUCGGCCACCCCUGAUAUGUCAGAGAUUGUACAGCGGCUGGAGCACGAGCUAAAGACAGCCAGAGAAGAGAACCAGCACUUGGCUGUCCCAGCCAUUCCUGAUAUGUCUGAGACUGUGCAGCGGCUGGAGGAAGAGCUAAAGGCGGUCAAAGAAAAGAACCAGCGCCUUGCGGAUGCAAGCAUUCCUGAUACGUCGGAGACUGUACACCAGCUGGAGAAGGAGCUAAAGGCAGCCAAAGAAGAGAACCAGCGUCUAGCGGCCGCCUCCGUUGCUGACAUGUCAGAGACUGUACAACGACUGGAGGAGGAGCUAGCAGCUUCUAAGCAAGAGAAUCAGCUCCUGGUGUCCUCUGCAUCGUCCGGUAAGAAGACCUGCGACGUCACAUCAUCGCCUGACGUCACGGCGCCGUGCGAUGUGUCGGCGGCGGCGGCGGGCGACAGCUCGCUGCAGACGGUAGACGCGCUGAAAGAGGCGCACCAGGUGGAGCUGGAGACGCUGCGGCAGCAGCUGGAGGCGGCCAGGGUGGAGAAGCUGGCGCUGGAGGAGAGGCUGUCGGCGCGGGAGAUGGAAGGGGCUGGGGGACUGGGUGCUACGACGGUGGCAGAGAAACAAGCGCCACAGGCGACCGACGAGGCUGCCGCGCUCGACACUCGGACGUCGCCGGCCGCACCAGGAGCAGACGCCGAUGACGUCGGGCGUAGGUCCCGGGCGGAGGCGGCGGGGGCGGCGCGACGGCGGACGCUGACGGAGGACCCGCGCCUGGCCGACCGGUCGUCGCUGGCUGAGCGGUCGGUACUGGUCGAGAGAUCGACUCUGGCUGAGCGGUCGGUGCUGGUCGAGAGAUCGACACUGGCUGACGUGUCCGUGCUGGCGGACGGCUCGGUGACGGCGCCGCUGGACCGCAGCCAGCUAGCUGCGGACCUCGCCACCGUGUACCAGGAGCUGCGGCAGCUGCAGCGCGCUGACGAGCUGUCCGCGCCGGCCGCCGCCGAGGUGAGCCUCUGCGCGCUGGAGGAGGCGGCUGAGGGGACGCCCGAAGAGGUGACGGUACGGUUCGGUGACGAGACGAUGUCAGGGGCGUGCGCCGGCCAGGCGGAGGUAACACUGCCGCCCGAGGAGGUGACGGUACGGUUCGGUGACGAGACGCUGGCAGGAGCGUGCGCCGGCCAGGCGGAGGUAACACUGCCGCCCGAGGAGGUGACGGCGGCCGAGGAUGGUCCCGCGGAGGUGCGCCGGCUGGAGAACCUGCUGGAAGACAUGCAGGAACGGGCGGAUGAGACGGCCCGGCGCGUGCACACCCUUACGUCACAGCUCGCUGACGUCACCGCCCAGAACGAUGACGUCACAGGUCGGCUGCAGGACGUCACCUCCGAGAAGGACCAGGCCCUGGCCUCUGUGGAUGACCUCACCGCCGAGAGAGACCGCGUUAUGGCGGAAAUGGCCGCCGUUAACGCCGCCUUGGAUGGCGUCAGGGCGCAGCUGACAGACGUCACCACCGAAAAAGAUGACGUCAUCGGGAAGUUGACCGACCUGACCGCCGCGAUGGAGGCCGUUAACGCCCAGCUUUGUGGCACGACGGCCGAGAAGGAUGACCUCGCGAUGAAAUUAAGUGCUGCUACCGCCGAGAGCAGCGACUCGCUGGCCAAAGUCACGGCCGUCGGCGGCCGGCGCGAGGCGCGCCGAGAGAUCUGCGACCUGCAGGAGACGCUGGUCAGCCGCCAGGCCGAGCUGCAGGAGCAGGCGCUCUGCCUGGAGAAAGUGCGCGCCAAACGUCGGGAGGCGGUACAACGCACAGAGGAGCUGACGGCAGAGAGAGACUCUCUGACCGCGGAGAGGGACUCCCUGACGGCGGAGAGGGACUCCCUGACCUCAGAGAGGGACUCCCUGACGGCUGAGCUGGCCGCCGGUCGGGAGGCAGCUGCGCAGCUGCAUCUCCAGCUGUCUGAAGCCAGCUGUCGGCUGGACGAGCUGGAGCGCACCGCCUCCGAGCGCCAGUCCCAGCUGCAGUUCGAGCUGGACGAGCGGGUGGUGGAGCUGCACCAGCUGCAGGAGGAGCACCAGCUGCUGACUGACGGCAACAAGCAGCUGCAGGAGGAGCACCGGCAGCUGCAAGAUGAGCGCCAGCGCUUGCAGAACGAGCACACUCAGCUACGGAAUGAGCAUCAGCUGCUGCGAGGCAAGCAUGAUGAGCUGCAGGAGGAAGCUCGCCAGCUACUGGACCAGUGCCGUGGAGUCGAAGACGACCUCCGCCAGACACAGGAGAGGCUGACUGCUGAGCGGAGUCGGGCCGACGCCGACCGGGCCGAGCUGGGCGCCAGGCUGGAGACGCUGGAGACCGGGCACCAGGCGAAGGUGGCGGCACUAACCGCCGAACUCCAGGCCAAGCUGGAGACCCUGGAGACCGAGCACCAGGCGAAGGUGGCAUCACUGUCGGUCGAGCGGGAGGCGGCGGCCUCG